AAACAUCACAUUGGAAAAAAUUAUUCAAUACACAAAUAAGACUUUCGAUAUUUCAGUUGUAAAAAUGGGAAAUUCCAGUUUUAUUCUACUAAGAAUGUCUCAACUCAAAGUCGAAGACUUCAGGAACUACACAUUAACAAUUAAUUCAACAAUAAAUGUUACAAUUACUUUGAAAGAAGAGGGUAAGUGUAAUUUAAUAUAGAAGUUUAAGUCCAUGCCUCUAAUGUUAUAUCAUAUCUAAAUGUUUGUUUUGCUACUUCUCCCUCUGGUUAUAUAUCUAUAAAUCUAACAAAACAUCUCUGUCCAAAUGGUGACAGAUAUUGUAUUUCUGAAGGGGGCCAUGAAAUAAGCCUUAACAUAAUAUGUAAAUCAUUUCAUGAUAUUGGUCCAUAAAGAGUAACAUUUAUCACUUAAUAACUUAGGAACUACACAUUAACAAUUAAGACAACAUUAAAUGUUACAAUUACUUUGAUAGAAGAGGGUAAGUGUAAUUUAAUUUAGAAGUUUAAGUCCAUGCCUCUAAUAUUAUAUCAUAUCUGACUUUUUGUUUUGCUACUUCUCUCCGUGGUUAUAUAUCUAUAAGUCUAACAAAACAUCCCUGUCAAAAUGGUGACAAAUAAUGUGUAUCUGAAGGGGGCCAUAUAAUAAGCCUUAACAUAUGUAAAUCACUUCAAGAAAUUGAUAUAAAGAGUAAAAUGUAUCAUUUAAAAACUUUAAGGAGGUCGUUAAAGUUUAAGAUGAGUAUCAUUGAAAUCGUUUGCCAAAUACAGUUAGAACUGCUUUUUGAUUAUUAUAUUAGUGUAACAGUCUCAUGAGAAAGUGACAAAAUCCUUUUCCAAAGUUAUCUUGUUCUACUGUUUAUUUUUCCAGUGUAUAGCAUGUGAUAUCUAAGUUCUGUUUAUAAACAUUUAAAUAAUAAAUGCAAUAUUUGCCCUUUUUAGCUUCUUCCUAUUAAUAGUUUAGUUGUUUUAUUUUUUUUUUAAAUUCAAAUAGUUUCAUAAGGUAGCACUGAUUCAAAUAAAAAGGAAGUACUAAAAGUGGACAUUAAAUACGUUUUGAAGGUAAAACUUUUUGUCACAGAUCUAACACUCAGAUAUCAAUUUUGUAUCGUGGAAUAGUGGGUUAUUUUUUAAAAUAGAAAUAACAGGAAGUGCGGGAAUGAAGGGAUAGAUUAGAGAGUUAACGGUAAAAAUGACAGCUGCUGGAGAAAUUUUCAAUAUAGCUCUUGCUACGCUAAUCUACUAAAUAUAGUUAUUUUUACAGCAUCUUAAUGUUGUACAUAGAGAAGAGGAAAUAGAUGAAGAAUUAAAUUUUUACUCUGAUUGAAAGAGAUACUAUUUUAUUGUGAGUUCAUUGUGAUUCAAUAAAAGUCGUGAUGCUAAUCUAAUGAGUCCUCAAACGAUUUUGUGGCAGUUAUGAAAACAUGGAUAUAUUAUUACGAUGGCGUUACAAAAGGAUCGGUGUUACAAUAAAUUAAUGUGUGUUACACUUUCCAUAAAUAAAAUAGAUUUUAAAAAAAAUAUAUAAGUCAGAUAGGGACACAGGUGUUUAAGUUAAAAUUAUAAUUUAGGUCCAUAGUGGGUAAGCUUGAGUUAGGAAAAUAAAUGUUAUAGCCUCUGGUAAGUCUAGUGUUAUAUGGACCAACAGUUGAAAAUGUUAGCAAUCUACGUGUAAUAUAUAUGUAAGGAUAUACUUAAACUAAUAUUGAAACAAACAAACCCACUUUUAUCUUUAUGUAUAUAAUAGAUCACAAGUAACCUUUAAAAGCUGUGUGGUUGAGGGUCAAGUUGAGGGUCCGGUCAAUAAGUUACCUAUUCAUUGAUUAUUUGAUAUGGGCACUAUUAAAAUACUUUUUUUUUACCAUCAAUAAAGCUAUAGUUUAAAGAUGUUUAUUGAUUAAUUAUCGUGGUGUGUCAGAACCAUUAGUUUCACACAUUUUCACCCAAUGAAGCGUCCUAUCAUAACGGUUCAGACAAAUAUGACGUAAAUCUUAAAAUGUGUUUUAUUAAAAAAAGUCUGAAAAAGCCAUAUAUUUGGAAUUUUAACUUUUUUUAGCACCACUCCCCCUCAGUUGGCAUAAAAACAAUAAGACUCUAACAGCAUGUGUCAAAGUUAACACUCACCAUGGGACACUUUUAAAUUACUUCUAAUAGCUAAGGUAAAGUCUUAACGAUGUCUCAAUUAUGUAGUUUAAUUAGGCCAGGGAUAUAAUCUUUAAAAAAAAAAAAAGUGGAAACAUUACCCAACAAAAUAAAGGGACUAAGCUAGUGUUACUUUCAGGAAUCUAUAUAACAAAGAUGUCAAACCCCACCAUUAGGUUCAUCUUGAUAUAAAGUGCAUGAUAUAAGUACAUCAAUUUAAUUAAAAGCCUGCUUGAAACAAAGUGUAUAAUCGUAGCUCGUAAAAAUGGGAAAAAAAACUAUUAAAUUUAUGCUUCGGUCAGUCAGCCUUGAAUAACCUAUGCUAAAUGUAUAAUUUAAGUAGUGUUUGGCUUCUCUGAUCAUUUCACAUCAGGUCAUUUUUUUUAAAAAAUUUGGCCGACUUUAGUAGAUUUUAUGUACCGUUUAUUAUGGUGUAUAAAAGGAUUUACAGAAAUAAAUGCGAGACAAAAACUUUUUUUUAAAACCCUAAAGCACCAUGUAAGCGUAUGAUGAUCAUGUUAAUUUAAAUAAAAAACCAGAAAUAUAAUAAAUAUACAAAAAUUUGGGGAAAAAAAAAAAAGAGUUAAACAUUUUAAUAAUUAUUCUUAUAUUUAAAACCAAUUGUGUUCAUAUCAAAACGACCAUGUUAAUAUCCCGUAAAGCGGUGCUAUUCAAAUUAUUUCUUUAUAGGAAGAUACGAGGUGCCUACUGUAGGCGAACACGAGUGGAUCGAGUGAAAAGUUUUCAUAGGAGUUUUUUUUUCAAUAGUAAAUGUUGCUUAAUUUAAUAUUGCUGACAAGUGCGCCCGCGUAUAAUGCUAACCCCUACAUUACAUCUUGACCAAACUUGGCAUGCGUAUCCUCUACUUAAAAAGAAUGAAAUGCUUGAGUGUUUUGAGCUUUAAUAUGUAUUUCAUUCUUUGAAUAAGGUCGAUAUAACAUGUCUUUCUAUUUCUUUUCAUUUCUAUAAGUGUAUAGCAACAAACACCCCUGCUUAAAUGCAUGGCUCUAGACAAAACAUAGUACACAUACUUUUGAUUAUCCAUAUUAAAUUGCUUGUGGAUUUGUAACUCAAUAAAUUCACACUUUUAAGGCCGGCGAUCCUAGUUUAACUUUUUUUCAACAUCUGUAUAAAUAAUAGUAUACCUAGUUAAUAAUAAAAGCUUCUUCUGGCAUUGACUGAUUCAGCUUAAGUUUAUCAUUCAUUACCUUUAUUGUAAAAUUGAAAAAUAUGAGGAUUUAAAGGUAUCAUAAUGCUAUUCAUUACAUUCAAGUCUGCUAAAAAAUUGUCACAAAAGUUCUAAAAAUAAAUAGGUUAGAUAUAUAUUGUAUUUCAAUAUUUUUAAUGGGAAACUUUUAAAUUGUGAUCAUUUUCGUCAUAUGAAUAUUUUUUUUGUCAAGCUCGCCUUCUUAGGUAUAACUAAAUCGAUGUUUUAUAAAAAAUGGUCCCACAUCAGGUUUCCUUUUUUAACUUAAAAGGAAAUCGUAGAAAUUUUGGACUAUUUAAAUAUAUAUUUGUCUUUUCGAAUUACUUAUAAAGGUAAUUUUUCCAAUGUUUCGAGAAGGGUAUUACAAGAAAUAUCGAAUUUGUAAGAAACGUCCUGUUUGUACACUGGGGAUAUAUAGAAAUAUAAAAGCUAAUGUUAUUUUACUUCCAUUUAUUUAUAUUUAACUAUAUAUAGCCCGCCAAACAUUGCGUGAACUUCCCAUCAACUAAAGUUACCAAACGUAAACGUGAACUCAAGUUAUGCACAUUUAAGAAUGCCAAUUUUGCUACACACCUUUUCCCCCACCCCCACCCCGCCUUUUCUUGAUAGGCGACCUGCGACUUAGCAGACGCCGCGGGCUUAGCUGGCAAGUGAGGGUGGUGCAGGAGGGAGGUGGGACGGUAGCUCCACCGCAGUGCGCAUGUCUUGAGACAAAUGGUGAGCAGGCAAGGGAAGGGAGCAGAGGGUUUGCAUGUGUCGUCUUGUUUGCUCUGGCGUAUCUAUAUAUAGCAAGCAUGGUGUUCGUCCCGUCUUUUUUGACCUACUUCUUCUGGCGAAUUAUAUAUAUAGAUUCUAGGAGUUUUUUGCAAAUCACUGAGUUACUUUUUUUAAUAAGUUGCCAGAGGUUUUAAGAUUGUAACUUUCAAUUAAUUUUCAGGAGUUUUAUGUAAGAGAAUUUCAGGAUAAUAAUUUCCCUUAUAAACGCCUGGGAUAUAUACAUACCAUUUGAUCCAUCUUAGAUUACAGUUUACGCAUUUCUUUGUAUUGAUAGAUCUUUGCCAGAGUUGACCACUUAUCCAACGUUUAACGGGGUAUUUUAGGACAGUUUGAUCAAAUCAAUAAACAAAUGAAGAUUGGAUUCCAACAAGAACAAGAUAACCCCCUGAAUAGGAAUCCAGCCAGCGCUUAUAAUUUUGACAUGGGGGAAUAAUAUCAUGUUUUUACCAUGAGCAAAACUAAAAUUUUGAUAAGUGUUUAAAUCAUAAUUUUUGAAAGGAAAAGUUUAAAUUAUUCUAGAAGCUGUUAUGUUUCUGUAAUUAUGUAUAGAUUAUAUAAAGUUCUUUAUUAUUAUUCUUUAUUAAAGUGUUUAUUUAGCUUUCUCUGAGUUUCAACGAAUAAUAUGGAAUAAGAACAAAAGAUUUUUUUUUUCUAGAAAGUAGUAUAACUUAUUUUGUCAAUUUGAUAAGAAGCAUACAUAAAAUACACAUGUAUCAAUAAUCUUGGCCAUUUAAUGAUAUAAAAAGUGAAAACCCGUUAAACAUGCGUUAAUUAUAUGUCUAUAUUCUAUAUCAAUGUCUGCCUAUAUUUCUAAUAAGUAUAUACAUAAAAUCAUUAAUAUUCAUUGACAUGUAAGCUGAUCAUCCCUUGUGAUACACCCGUGUGGUGAUCUGACCUAUGACUUAUUAAAGAGGAGUGUCUCUCGUAUGAGAUCUCCUCUUGGCACUCUGUCUAGGGAUAUGUUAUUUAAGCCGAAUAACCACACGGACAUAACACAUAUCUAUAUACAUAUAGUAUAAACUGAAACGAAGUCUUAGUUAAAGGUGAAAUUAACUACAAAUAUUUAUUACACAAUAAUAUUUACAACUUCCUACGUGAAACACUCGUGGUGCUCAAUGUAUAUACAUCAAACGGAUUUCAUCCAAUUAGAAAGGUAUAUUAAAACAAAGCAAGUUUCCCUAACAUACAGACGGUAUCAUCAUUACUACUGCUAUAUUGCUCAUGUUCUAUGCUCGAUCUUGGUAAACUUAGCCUUUAUAGUUUCUGUGAUGGUCUCGGUGGAUCACACAGUGUGGGAGUCCUUCUGUUCAAGAAGUGAUAGUCAUUCAAUUUUUUUAUCUGCAGCUGGCAUUUUACUUAUCGGGAAUCAGACAGAAAGAAACAUUUCGAUCCAAAAAGACAAAGACAUCAGUUUUAGUUUUCUCGUCCAGUCUAAAGAUGGAAUAAGACAAGAUAUAGAAAUAAACAAGCUUAAGGUUUCAAUAAACACAACAACAAAUCGAUACAGUAUUAACGUACGUUUAUUAGGGGAAGAACGGUACAAUUUUACUAUUGGAAUACUCAACUUUACUUUAAAUUCGAUUGCAAAGUACAACGUUGUUGUAUAUUCAAUGUCAGACUGCCCAAUAAAAUACACGGUAACUAUUGAUUUUGAAGGUACGUAACACAUUUUUUAAAAAUGUAACUCUUAUUCAAAGAUAUUUAUACUAUUUUAUUCAUAUCAUCUUUUCAGAUAAAAAAGCCUGUAUUUAUUCUUUUUUGAAAGUGUUUAAAAUUUUAAAAUUUUAUAAGUUAGUCUUUAUAAACAAAUAAUUUAAAUUUAAAUAAUUUCCUUCAUUUAUUUAAAAAAAACAAAAUUAAAUGCUCAUCCAUUUCAUGUCUUUUAUUUUCCAGGUCUAUCUAAUAGUAUUGAAUUGUGUGAUGGUGAAGAUCAAAACAAG